AUGGAUGCAGAAAAGCGAAAGCGCGACGAUGAGGGCGAAAUUGACGGGAAGAGAGCGAAAUCGGAGGACGAUAACGGCGCGGUGGUGACGGAGGAGGAGGUGGAGGAGUUCUUUACCAUAAUCAGGAGGAUACACGUGGCGGCCAGGCAGUUUGGGAAACCGGAAGGAGCAGCCGGCCCUAAGUUGACGACGACAUCAGAGAAAUUGAGGCUCUCUUUCGAAGCAAGAGACUUUGAGGAAGAGAAAAGGCCGGAGGCGGAUUCGGGUUUGGAUCUCAAUUCGGAUCCUCCAUCGGAAGAAAGCUAA